AUGGGCAACGCUGCAGGUACUACUGCCGGUGGCAGCGGGAGUGCUGUCCCGGUAAGUAUUGCCACUUCAUCCGCAGGUAUUUCAGCCGGUGACAGCGGGAGUGCAGUUCCACAAAAUAUUGCCAGCUCAUUCGCAGGUACUACUGCCGGUGGCAGCGGGAGUGUUGUCCCGGUAUUUCUGCCGGUGACAGCGGGAGUGCAGUUCCACAAAGUAUUGCCACUUCAUCCGCAGGUAUUACUGCCGGUGGCAGCUGGAGUGCUGUUCCACAAAGAAUUGCAAGGUCAUUUUCGGGCACCUGUUUGCGCCGGUGGCAGCGGGAGUGCUGUCCCGAUGAGUAUUGCCACACCAUAUCUACUAACAGACAUCAGUAGAGGACUCACGGGGGCGCGGGAGAUACACGGGGCUUCGCCCCUGGAGAAGCUAGAGUCUUCGCCCCUGGUGGAGAAACUGUACGUGGAGAGGACGAGGUCGUCGGAUUUGGACUCUUCUGCGACUGGUUAUAUCUACAGGAACGACGGGAGAGGAGCUGGAACCUAUGUGAGGCUGGGAGACCAGGCGGCCGGGCAGUACUUGGACAGCCGCAACUUGGGAGCUGUGCCUCAAGAGAGAUUAUCACACCCUGGGGUGCCCUCGCCUAUGGACUACGCCCUGCAGAGGUCGUCCUACAGGGGUCCUGUCCACUAUCAGACGGUGGUCCAUCAUGGAAACGCUCCUGUAGUGCUGGCUUAUGCCAGUGAUGAGCAAGGAGGGCCAUACAACGCAGUGAAAGACCAUGAUGUACAAAGUCGAGACUACGGCCAAGGCCAAUACGGUGGUGGACAGAACUACGACCACGUUGGUGGGCAUGGUCAAGUUUAUGACCAAGGCUUGGCUGGUCAUGGUCAAGCUUUUGACCAUGGUGCAGGUGGUCACGAUGAAGGCUACAACGGUUUGGUCGUUUAUGAUCAAGGCUACGACCACGGUGGUGCUGGUCAUGAUCAAGGCUACAACCACGGUGUUGCUGGUCAUGAUCAAGGCUACGACCACGGUGCUGGUCAUGAUCAAGGCUACGACCACGGUGGUGGUGGUCAUGGCCAGGACUACCACCACGCUCAUGGUCACGGACAUGGCCACAAGUACAGCAAAGGUGGUGGAUCAUCUCAUCAAUCUGGCCACCACAGCAGUCAUGGCCACAAGGGAGAUAAGGGGUACAAAAGCCACCACGACUUCUCAAAGGGCCAACACGGACACCAUGGCAAGGAAGGGUCCAAGGGUCAUUACAGUGAGGCCGAAGGUCAUAAGGGUUCACAUCACGACCAAGGGGGAAAAUAUGGUGCAAGCCACGCCGCCGAGAAGGGGGAGAAGGGGGGUAAAUAUGGCCACGAGGACCAUCACAAGAAGGGACACAAGACCAAGGGCUACCACAACGUAUACCAUAAGGAUGAAUACAAGAAGGAGCACUCGUUCUACGACGACGCUCACCACGGUGGUCACCAGGAGAAGUACGGGAAUCACCACAAGCACCACAACCAGGAACAUGGGGAUCACCAGAAGGGGGGACACCACGAGUCGGCGUACAAGGAAGGACACAAAGGCAAGAAGGGCCACUACGAGAAAGGCCAAUAUGAAGACGAGGAUGCUGGCCACAAGGCUAAGUCUGGCCAUGAGAGUCAUUAUGGCCAUCAUUCAGAGCAUGGCCAGAAAGGUGGCCAUGAAGACCACAAGGCGCAUGGGCACUCGGAGAAAAGCCACUGA